AUGCUCAUUGGCCAACUGGACCUGCAUGAACCCUCGGGUGCGUCUGACUGGUGAUUUCGGACCAUAUUAAUAUGAGUAAAUCCUCAUUAUGUUGCGGCUUUAUGAUGCUCGCUGCGGCCGAGCAAAUAAGUAAGCUUCAAGGCAGACGGUAAAACAUCGGUUGUACUAUUAGAUUUCAUGGAAAUUAAAAUGACAAACAUGCUGUCCAAAGCAUAAUUCCAUUGGUUGAUAGCAAAAUAAAGGCUUCUAUCCAACAGAAACAGGUAGCAACCAUGUAAGCAUGGAUUCCAGGAUGGGGGGGGUGGUUAUAUUUCAGUACUGUUGAGGGCUGUUUAGUAGACUUUCGGUGUAAUCAUUGCAGGUCCUUGCACUAUUGAUGUUGCGAUAUUUAACAGACAUGCCAUUCCAUUGUGCUUCCUUCGAGUUUUGAGGAAUAACUAGGCGGUUGUCUACCUUUCCGCCCAUCAUAAUCGCCUGAUACGCAUGAUUUAGCUGAUAGGACUUGACUGUGACACUUUUUCAAACCCAUCGCUGCAUUCUGACAGUCAGUGAUCUGCGUGACAAGCAUUCAACUUCAGAGAAUGAGUUGCAUACCGUAUGUUUAGACUUGCGCCUUGAAAUGUCACCUCUGCGAGUGAGCCAGUGUGAGUUCGUUAGAAAGCAUACAGACUGGUAACUAAAGGAGGAAAAGCUCCUGAUGGACUCUAGAUUUUGUCACGAUUAUUUUCGGCUCUUUUCAAAGUUAAAGUAAACAAAACGACCGGACCUAUGAAAUCAUCCCGCAAGGACACUGAUGGCUUCCGGUGAUGCCCCGAUUAUUAUACUCACUCAACCGCUCCUUGAUCUUCUUGGAAAAUUGACCGGUACUACCUACGCCCCCCCCCCCUUCGCUGGGUGGAGUUCUGUCAUUUUGGCGUCAGGAGACGUCUCCCAGCCUCCAACCCCGGUGCUAUGGAAAUCAAAACGAGUAUUUGGUUACUCGGAAGUCAGUUUCUUGGUUUUACAGGGAAACCAUUCACGACGGACAAGUCUGCUUCUCCAAAAACGGACGAGAUGCAACCUUCAUCUCCCACCCAUCCUACCCUAGCUGUGAAAGGCGAGGCGACCCUCCGAAGGUUUCUAGCCGGCGCGCUGUGUCAACGCCCUCACGGCCUCAUACUUCUAGUGGAUCCUCAAACCGUAAAGUCUGAAAAUGGCAUUGGCUCGGCCGGAAAAUUCUCCGUCCCCUUCUGACUCGCGAGACUCCUGGCUGUUAAACUGGGCUGGGUGUCAAUGUUCGGUUGUUCUUAACGGUUGGACUGAGACACAGGGGAGGACUCUGUUACUCUCUGGUCCACCUGGUUAGAAGUGGCGCGCACAGAUGGAAAUGAAUCAAACGUGUGCCUUCUGUGCUAUCCCAUGUAAAUUGGCUGGUUGCAAACCAGACUCUAGAUUCCUUGUUGGUAAAUCACAAAGAACUGCUACAUGGCAAUCUCACAGCUCCCUACCACGAUCUGCCGGUAAAAUCUGAAUUUAAGCCAGGUUUCCAUCGCAGAGAAGGUCAAAGAGGAAAAUGAUCGCCUAACAAAGUGGGCAUCCUGUAACCGAUGUAAGAUUCGACAUGAACAGUCCCAACAGUCCCUCUUCAUAAACGCGGGAGCUCCUGGUCACAUCUGCGAUGACUAAUAUCUAAUCGUCAGUUCGACAACCAAAUUGGAUCCUUAUCCUCCCCCGCGCAUCGACGAUCUGAAUGUAUCCAUCUCUGCUAGUAACCAGUCUACACCUAUGAACUUGGAACACACCUAUAUCCAACUCGUUCUAGACUGGACGCCACCGCCAAUGCGCACCAGAUAUUAUUUCUAUGCAAGAGAUUAGUAUCUGGAGUAAACUCCGUCUGCCGAUGUAUCUCGGUGUUUGAUGACGUCGUCAAGGGCAUAACUCAAAUUUGCCCAUAUAAUAAGGACAUAUCAGUAGCUAUCCCAUUUGGGUAUGGCCAUAUGCUGAUCCCAAACACAGUGGAAAGAAGUCAACCUCCUGAUUCGUACCGCUUCGGAUAAAACGGGCCUCGUCUCCUUGAUCAUAGGAUCAAAACUACAGAAGUGAUGGGUUGUUCCGUCGGAGCUGUGUGCUUGAGUUGUUCUGAUACCUUUGGAGCCACAGACAAACUGGGUGGACAAGAAGUUCAUCCCAGAACUCCGGCCUCCAGGGCUUAUUCAGUACUGCGAAACAUCCAGGCAUUUCGCAUUCCCAUCACCUUCUGUUGCUAAACUUCGACGUCGGAGGUGUGCCGCUCUAUUGGUGUCAGUUCUGUCGUUGUCGUGUGUAACCCGCUCUUUAGAUCUGGAUAUUGGCAUGCACCUCAGGUUUGACUUUUCCUCCAUUUUGAAGUUCAUGCAGCUACUAAAAUGCAAUUGGCCCUCAGUCGUAUCAAGGAAUACAGCAUUUAACUCAUCUGAUGUCGACGUACUUGGCGGUCGGCUGUGCGAUUGCAGUGACAUCCGCAUCUUGGAGACGACAAGGCGGUUGUUCGUCCAACGGUCUGAAACGCACAUCGUCCUGGUUACCGUCACAUCGCUUUGGUCAUUCCUUCUGAUAAGGACGUAGCCCAGCAGCGGUCGGAUCUCAGUUCGUAGCCGUACCUGCAGGAGACCAGCCCCAGCCUGACCCCUAACCCAACCCUUGACCUUAAUCCCCAACCCCUAACUCUAACCCCCUAACCCUAACCCUAAUAGGUACGGCUAAGAAAUGAGAUCUCGCCCCAGCAGCUGUCAUCCGCGUCAUUUCCUCUCUUAUUGUAGGGGGAAAGAUGUUGAUCAGGAGAAGGCUGACUUCCAUGCAGGCCUGGAGAAGAAGGAGUCAUUUGUAGUUGCAAUUGCAGAUCCCUGGCACCCUGGCACCCCCUCUCAGGUACAGUCAUCAGCACCAAUGCAGAUAUUGAAAUCACCAAGGGCAACCAAACUGCCCGCCUUCUGAACAGUCGAUAGAAGUAUGCUGGGGUCCUGGGAAGUGGCCAUUGGGGGGAGGAGAGGGGGACGUAGGUACUGGCGACGGUUACAAAUUUGCUUCCGAGGAGGGACAGGAUAAGGGUCAUGAGCAGGUCGUUGAUGUCCUGUGGCAGGCACGGCAAUCAUUCCAAGAUGUUGCUCCUGAUGAUAAAGGCGACUCCAGCAUCCCAUGGCUCUACUUUUGGAUGUCCGUUACUGAAGAGGAUAUGACCAGCAUCCACAUUCUCUAGUUAUCCUUGUUGGCAGGAGCGGGCCCUACUGGGAACUUCAAUGUCCAUCUUUUAACACAUCAUUUCCCGGGGUCUCCAGACCUGCCCUCUUUUCCGACCGAUUGUCCAGUGGAUUGUGCCAAAGAGAAUGAACAUUUCAGGCUACCGGAGUGGGCAGGGUCACUUCGGCAAAUAUCGGACGGAGGCGAGGAUGGGUGUGAGGCCGAAUAGCAUUUCGACCGCGCACUUUGUGUCCGCGAGCUACGAAGUGAUUAUCCAACAUCUGUUUAGGACGCAUAUUCUGGCUCGUUUAGCCGCGAUGGGGCAAGCAGUAUUAUCUCUGAACAGAGUUGAUUACUCAUCCCAAGCGGCUGCCGAAUUCUUCAUGGGGUUGUCACGCUUGUAUGGGGAGAGGGGGGAGGAGGAUGUCUGAAAUAUCUUUGGUCGCCUACGGGGUCGCUGUCGUUUGUUCCAUAAGAUCUUUUUUGCCGGAGGGGAGGAGGAGGAGGAGGAGGAGGAGGGUGGGAAAGAGGCUAGGGAGGCUGGAAAAGGCCGUGUCUGGAGACACGGCAGUUUGCCCAUCGAUUCCGACGAUGUCCACCGUGUGCUGCACAGCAAGGUGCAGCAGGCAUGGAUUAGUUUAUAGUGAUAAUAGACUUUCGCUGCAUCUAACGCACUCGACUCUCCCCACCUGAGCCCGGUGCCAAGACAGAGUCAAGAAGACCGGUGACGGAGGGGGGGGGGAGGGCGCAGGUGGAUGACGCGGCCGAGCUCCCACCUUGGCGCUCCACUCCACACCCCCUCGUCCGCAAAAAACAGUUGACCAACACUUUAAUCAACAACAGUAACACCUCGAUGGGUCAGAGGGCGAGGAUGAUGACUGGGCAGCCAUCCCCACAACCUAUAUACCCAGUGGGAACGCAAGCACAUCUAACGGCAGGGAAUCAAGAGCCGGAGAACUGCCAAUGCAUACCAGGCUGCGAGGGCCACGGUUUGCUGAUCCUGGCAUAGCGGACACUUACAGACCUUUUGUCCCCAGAAGGGAGACACAUGUCCUGCCUUUACCUCAGUCGUCACCGAUGUACACAGUCAACUACAGACGUCUAACCAACGAAAGUGAGUAGCAGCAAUGAAAGCAUGGAUUUUAGGAGGGGGAAGGGCGAUUAUAGUUCAGUCUUACCGAAGCAAAAUUACUUAUUAAAGGCACCACCGUCUGUCGCCUUAACCUUGUUAAUGAAGGAGAAAAGAUGGUAUAAGGGGCAAAAUUAAAGUUUCGCUUAUUUUUUAAAGAAUACUACGAAGACUGCUAAGGUGUGAGACACAUGCGACGUAUUGAGUGUGUUAACAUGGAAUGACAUGAUUGGGGGUUGACUUGGCUGACAUCGUUCUCGCAGGCCUUAUGAACAGCAUUCAACGCUGACGUUGUAGUAGUAUUGGAUAUUGUUACGUUAACGAGAUACGGGGCGGUCUUGGGAUCGAUUUUAGGGUGCGAGACAGUUAUUUCUGCCAUGGGCAAACCAGCAGGCGCUUGCUGAUCUGACGAAAAUACCGAAAAACAUUCAGGAUAACCUUUGCACAACAGUGUAAAUGAUUCGUACAGAACGCUUACGCCAAGGAAUGCCCUAAAUGCUGUCUUUAUAAAAAAAAGACAACAAAUUAUUUGCGUGUACAUAGUACUAACCAAAGUCAUGACCCUCAAAUCGUCAUGUCUUCCACCCUGAAUUGCUCGGCGCAGAUUGCCGAAGAGAGGCUCCCUGAAUUUCCCCCGCUCGUAGAAAUCGUGGGUAGAUUUCCCCUAACUGGUUCGCUUCAGUGUACGAGACACCUGUGGGAAGGUAUUCUUUGGAUGAUGAUCUUGGAUUUUGCCUGCUUGGAUUAGCCUCUGAACGCUGUUUUGGGUUGUGCUGUUUUUCUUCCAUAAGCAAGCACGUCGUCAGAUGAAGUGCAUGAUCUCCCAACCUUCUCGGCAAGCCCUAAACGGUGCCCGUUUUGGGAGUCAGGCUCCAAAACGACCUGCCCCGAGUGACUGACCAGCUCAACUGUCUGGAAGGGAACAGUCCUCACUAGAGCGCCCACAUGAAGAAUUGUGAGCUUGAUUUCUUCGUCUGUGUUUAAUUUCGUCCCUUUUCACUCGAACCCAUCAUCAGAGACGGUUGCAUAUAAAGGUAUUGGAAGCACAAAGACUGCAGUAUUUAUAGUACGUAACUGCCGUGGGGCCACAUACGUACUAUAAUUAACAGCUGUCGUGAUCACCGCUGGGGAUCUUAAUUAAGGCGAUGCCGGCUCGUCAGUCUGCGUCCGAGUCGUUAAUUGUCGCAAUUUCGUCAUCCGUGUUGGAUACUGACGUGAAGAUUACUCGGCCAUUUGGCCCGCUGUCUCCAGGAUAGUUGAGCGCCCGCGCCCUCCCCACGUGACUGAUUCCUAUGCUCAGGGAAUGUCUCAACACUGAAUAUGGUACCGGGAGGUCAUUGCGCUUGUUGAUGGAUUGCGGACCUGAGAACCAUGAUUCGAGCAGCUCGCGACUCACGUGGUUGUAACCCCUUGCGAGGAUUUCGGCCUCGUGAAGCUUGAAAAUAUGACCGGGUCCCGUCGAAUGAGCCGACAUCUGAGAGCUAGCGUCUUCCCGCCUCACUGCUGCUGCGUGCUCAAAAAUUCGCGUCCAGAGUAAUCUGCCAGUUUCUCCGACGUAACUGCCUUGUCCGCAACUGCACCAGAUCCGGUAAACGACUCCAGACGUUUCCUGCCGUGGCAGCGGGUCUUUUGGCCUCAUGACUUGCUGCCUGAUUAUUGCUUCCGGCCUGUGUACAACCCCAACUCCAAGAAGAGCGAGAAGGCGGCUGACGGUUUCCGAAACGACGGAAGUGCUCGCUAAAAUCUAGGGCCGGUUUGAUCUGGUUUCUGGUUUCGUCUGUGUACGCACUGGUGGACACAGUUGCUCGGGUAGCCGUUGGCUCUCAGUACCCGUCGAAGAUAUUGCAAUUCGGUAACCUUGUCUUCACUGCAGCGCGUCUUAACGCGUCGGUAUUGCGUUCUUACGCAGCUGCGUUUGUAACCGAUCGGGUGGUUACUGUUGAAAUUCAGUACUUGCGUCGUGUUUGUAGCUUUCCUGAACACUUUGGCUUUUAGGCCACCACAAUCAUUGCGGCAGACGAGGACAUCCAGGAGGGCCAGCUGGUUGUUUUCUUCCUCCUCCAUCGUAAAUCGAAUGUCCGGGAGGACAGCGUUGAGACGUUAUUUGAAUGUCAGCACCUUAUCCCUUUCGAUGACGAUGAAGGUAUCAUCCACAUACCGAACCCAAAAUUUCGGUCUGUGGUUUUAAAAGACCAGCGACUCUAACUGUCGUAGGACCGCCUCGGUGAUGGAUCCCGAAAUCGGCGAGCCCAUUGAUGUUCCCUUCACUUGCUGGUAGAUUGCUCCGUCGAACGUAAAGUACAUCUUGAUACAGAACUUCAGGAGUUGGAUGAUUUAGGCGUUUCCGAGGCGAUUCUCCGUUUCGUCGUAUUUCUCUCGUAGGCGUAGAUCGAUGGCCUCGACUGCCAGGUCCUGUGGGAUAGAAGAAAAAAGGGACGUGAAAUCAAAGGAAACCAUGAUAUCGCUUGGCAGGAGACUUACUCCUUUAAGUUUCUCCAAGAAUUGUGUUGACGAGCUGACUUUAGUGUCCGAAUCGGAGGUCAGAAACUUGAGACGUUGAAACAAUCACUUUACCAGUCCCUUUUGGCUUCAUAGUCCACAGCAUUUGGCGUGUGCUCCAGUUUCCACAAGCGGGCCUAAACUGUUCAGCAGGGUUCCAGCAGCUGGCGACAUGCCUAUCGAUCCACGCCACGACUGUAAAGGCGGGGGGAGGCUUGCCAAGGGGACCGCGCAUCCAUGCGCACCUGCGUGCGCACAUUAGGGCUUCCUGCACGUGCUCACGCAUACGCCGUGGGACGUAGGGGACGUGCUGUGCACAUUAACGGUCUACAGGCCUCCGACUCCGCCGAAAUGGCGACCGCCGAAAUGGCGACCGCCAGAGAGAGACAGUAUGCUCGCCAAUAUUACCGAUCACGGGGGGGCCAGGGUUUAGCCUACAUUCCUAAGCGACCCCUCUCAUCCCGCGCCGACGUGGGCGGGUCCCUUGUAGGCGAUCCGGCCAAUGCAGGGACAUGCUUGUACCAGCAUUUGCAGGUUUCAGCAUGAAUCACAUGUCCCGCCCUCUCCCCCCCGCUCUCCGUAUAAGCCACCGCCGACAAAGAGGGGAGGAGGGGCACUUUUUCAAUAAGUAUAAGCGCUCGAGAGGUAGCAGCAACAAAGACAAACGAGACUUAAGUGUCCACUGUCCGGUGCCGUCGGCUUGGCAUACCCAGGACUCGCUGGUAGUUUAUGGCCGGUGACUCCACUAGUAAGCAACUGGAUCUGGAUUAAGAUCUCAGAUCUGCCUACAUGGAAUUAGCACAUAAUGCGUCUUAGACAACAGAUAAUUCACAGAUGACCACCCCAGUCUCCCAGUCUGGUUCUUCGUCAUGUGACCACCUGUGAGAACUAGGGAUCGCAGUUCCGAGGCCAGGCGGAGCGUCCGAAUUCCGUCCUAAGUUCAAAAUAGCUCGACGGAUGCCUUUCUAGAGUACUUUUGAUAAGAGCCUUAUAGGAUGACUGUUAUUUCGGUUGUGGGACAUUUGCAGGUCAAGGAUUACGAAUGCGUGGUUGGCAAACGUCUCCUGCACUUUUAGUGCCGACGGUAUGCACGGUAAACGCAGUAGGCUAACAGACGGAUACAUACGUACAUUUCGGAUGUUUCCUCACCAAGCCAACUAUGACGUUGGGUCGAGUCCGAGAAUUAAUCAAGAGUCUGGUAGAGGGACGCUCAUCGAUCGUUUCUACGGAACUCACUCGUCCCGUUGUGCCUUACGGGCUCUCUCUCUCGAGCCGAACCAACAGCCUCACAGCGGUACAUGAUAUAGGCAGAAUGGCAUUACCGACAAAGACAAGGACGACUGAAAUGGCCAUUUCUAACCCACUAACCGUUGUCAGCAAGUCAUACUCAACCCUGAAGUUUGGAACACCUGGGGCUCGAUCUCGCGACCUGUUGGUUGGAUGCGUUGGAUCUCUAACUUACAGGUCGUGGGAUUGAGCCCCAGGUGUUUGGGGUUUGGUACGACUGGCUAACGACGGCUAAUGAUUCAGAAAUGGCCAUUCCAGUCUUCUGUGUCUUUGUCAGUAAUGUUUUUCUGUCCAUAAUCAGGGGUGUAUACAGAUACGCAUCUGGCAGAUUUGAAGGAGUAGGGUUCUUUUGUUUCAAUGGUUCGUAGCGGUCGAAUUGAGCUGUAGAAGUGUUUGGCGCGAGCCUGUCUUCCUUUCCUCAUUCCGGUCAAGGCAUGUGGAGAAUCCGGAUCCACUUCCCCGGUGGCAGCCCUCCAACCCACCCUCCCUGAACAAUCGUGAGGACAACGUCGUCUUGAACCAACUGAUCCCCCUUCUUCUUCUUCUUCUUCUUCUUCUUCUUCUUCUUCUUCUUCUUCUUCUUCUUCUUCUUCUUCUUCUUCUCCACAUGUCAGAUUGGAUCUAG